AUGUCCUCCAAAACCUUCAACAUCGGCGUCGUAGGCUACGGCUUCAGCGCCAAAACCUUCCACAUCCCCUUCAUCCAAGAAGUCCCCGAGCUCAAGAUCUACGCCGUCGUCCAGCGCACCCCCAAGCCGGACGACGAUGCUGAAAAGGAUCACCCGGGUAUCAAGUCCUACCGGACGUCGGAGGAGAUGGUGAAGGAUGCGGGGGUUGAUGUGGUGGUUGUUACUACGGCGCCGGAUUCGCAUUUUGAGUUGGUGAAGUUGGCGUUGGAGAGUGGGAAGCAUGUUGUCUGCGAGAAGCCGUUUACACCUACUUCGAAGGAAGCGGAGGAGCUUAAUGCCAUCGCGGAGAAGAACGGGAAGUUAUUGGCCGUUUACCAGAACCGCCGCUGGGACGCCGACUUCCAAACCCUCUCCAAACUCUACAAAAAUGGCUCCCUGGGCCGCGUCGUCGAAUUCGAAUCCCACUUCGACCGCCACCGCCCCCAAGAACCCUCCUCCUCCGCCUCCAAUUGGAAAAACAAGGUCAUCCCCGGCGGCAGCGCGAUCUACGAUCUCGGAGCACACCUGCUCGACCAGGUUGUUUAUCUGUUAGGGCUGCCGAAGCGGGUUACUGGUUUCAUUGGGUCGCAGCGCGAGGUUAAUACUUCUGGGUAUGAGGACUCGUUUACGGUGUUGCUGCAUUAUGGAGGUGGGGUGAUGGUUACGGCGAAAGCGGGGGUUGUUAGUCCUGAGGAGGAGCAGUUGAGGUUUUGGGUUAGGGGGGAGAAGGGGAGUUUUAAGAAGUUCCAUCUUGAUAUUCAAGAAGACCACCUCAAGGCUGGUAUCAAGCCUUGGGACAGCGGGUAUGGUCGUGAACCCAGCGAGCGCUACGGUACUUUGACAGCCAUCCAAAACGGCACCCCCGUCAAGGAAAUCGUCCCUACCGUCGAACCGCCCACCUGGACAGAGUACUACCGCAAGCUCGCUCGGGCUCUUGCAGGAGAGGGCGCUCUUCCUGCUAGCGGUGUUGAAGCCGGACAGGUGAUUCGGUUGAUUGAGUUGGCACAGGAGAGCUCGAAGGUGGGGAAGACUGUUGAUGUUUGA